AUGUGAAGAAACCUCAAGAGAUUGUUCUCCCAGGGAGUUUGAGUUUGUUGGGUGAGGCUUAUGAUCGAUGCGGUGAAGUUUGCGCUGAAUAUGCUAAGACGUUUUAUCUCGGAACUUUGCUUAUGACACCUGAAAGGCGAAAGGCGAUUUGGGCUAUCUACGUUUGGUGUAGAAGAACUGAUGAGCUAGUAGAUGGGCCUAAUGCUUCACAUAUAACUCCAAUGGCGUUAGAUAGAUGGGAAGCAAGGCUAGAAGAUCUGUUCCGUGGCCGUCCUUUCGAUAUGCUCGAUGCAGCUCUCGCUGACACUGUUGCUAGAUACCCUGUCGACAUUCAGCCAUUUAGAGACAUGAUCGAAGGAAUGAGAAUGGACUUGAGGAAAUCGAGAUACAAGAACUUCGAUGAUCUCUACCUUUACUGCUACUAUGUCGCUGGAACCGUCGGUUUGAUGAGCGUUCCAGUUAUGGGGAUCGAUCCUAAGUCGAAAGCAACGACUGAGAGUGUUUACAACGCUGCCUUGGCCCUCGGUAUUGCCAAUCAGCUUACCAACAUACUCAGAGACGUUGGCGAAGAUGCGAGAAGAGGAAGGGUUUAUCUGCCACAGGACGAAUUGGCUCAGGCUGGUCUCUCAGAUGAAGACAUAUUCGCCGGCAAAGUCACUGAUAAAUGGAGAAACUUCAUGAAAAUGCAGCUGAAACGUGCUAGGAUGUUCUUUGACGAAGCUGAGAAAGGCGUCACCGAGCUCGACGCCGCUAGCAGAUGGCCGGUAUGGGCAUCGCUGCUAUUGUACAGGAGAAUACUGGACGAGAUUGAAGCAAAUGAUUACAACAAUUUCACAAAGAGAGCUUAUGUUGGGAAAGCCAAGAAGAUUGCAGCUUUGCCAUUGGCUUAUGCUAAAUCAGUACUAAAGACUCCAAGUUCAAGAUGA